CGAAGAAGAAGCAGGCUAAACAGUAGCUAGCGAGCUAGCGCCAGCAGUUGCUGUUGUAAUGUUGGCGAGUCAAGUCGGGGAGGACUGUCCUGGGACGGCGGUGUCCUGCAAUACUGUUGCCAAAGCAUUUGGAUAAGGCUGGUACUUCAUGAUGCGGCGGGGGGAGCAUGUUUCACGGGCUUUCCAGGCCCCGGUGGACGUCCAUGCCAGUGCAGAUGGCCAGGUUUACAUGUUCAACAGGAGGCCCAAUGAGUCCUCAGAUGACGAGGAGCUCAACGUCAUGGAGAUGAGGCCACGCAUUUACCAGGAGCAGGACAGACUGAGGAACGUUCAGCUGCUGGAGCGGGAUGUGGUAGAUGGCGACAACCUCAACAAGCUCGCACUGCAGUAUGGCUGCAAGGUGGCAGAUAUAAAGCGGGUGAACAAUCUUCUGAAGGAACAGGAUUUAUUUGCACUUAAAUCCAUCAAAAUACCAGUUCAGAAACACAGCUUUUUAACCGAGAGGUACACAGACCUCAGAGACCCUGAAGAAGAAAUGCCGCGUUCAUCCACUACACCAGCGAAGCCUCCGGAUCGAGCCAGAGCCCAGCCACAUCUGCAGGAGGUCACGGACUUUCUAAUGGAGGUGGACCAAGAUAUUGAGAAACUGAUUCAGACUACAAAUGAUCAGGAUGAUGAUCUCUUGGAUAACCCGGAGAAACAGCAGAGGUUUGGUCUCAAAGGACAGCCCCUGAGCAGUCACGGUGCAGACUGGGGCAUCCAGUGGUGGAACGCCGUGGUCGCCAUGCUCCUGAUCGGCAUCGUCCUGCCUUUAUUUUAUGUAAUUUAUUUCAAAACAAAAGAUAGUGAAGUAGUUUCACCAACAAAUGGUAGCAGUGCUUUUAGUCAGUCAUCCACAACCUCUUCAAACUCCUCAGAAACAAGUACAAGUUGACCUGAGCGGUGUCAAGAACCAGGAUAGUACAGAGUCAGAUCAUUUUUAAGACUGUGGGGGUAGAUGGGUUCAGAAGUAGGUGACAAUCAAGAUAAAGCCAAAUCUUUUAACAUUUUACCUCGUGCAACACCAGCAUGUAUCAGUGAAUUUUACCUUUUAAUUUAUACGAUAACUGUGACACUUGAGGCAGAUACUUCAGUGAUUGUCUUGAAGUGAGGGCGGCACACUGAUCUGAUUUUUGUGACAAUGUAGGACACCAGCAAUUCAUCAGACAGCCAUCAUAGAGUUCUGUUUCCUGAAAUAUCACUCUUGAUACCAUUGAUCCUUUGGCUUUAAAACUUUAAAAAUUAUUGUUCUUCAGGUGCUUUAAAUCUGAGGUUUGGUGCUGCAGGAAUGAGUCCUAAAAGGAUUUUAGCACUUGGAGUUCCCUCGUCUGAAAGUUAAUGGGUUUUUGGUUAGAUGAUUGAAACAAUAUGUGGUUAACAGAAGCCUAAGAGACUUUUACAUUUAUUAAUUUGUCAGUAAAUAAUCCACUUGCGAGUUUCGCAGCUUUUACAAAAGCUGGUUGCCAACAAGUGGCUAAAUGAGACUACAGAACAUCAUCGCUGUUAAGACGGAUGUUAAGGCCAUGUGACCGUGGUGUAGUUUGUUUAUAGCAGAUUUCAUUUACCCUUCAAAAAUCAUGAAAGUGGAGUUCAUCUGUGCCUCUUACUGAACAUAUUGUGUAAGUAUCAUAAACCUUUGUUUGCCACAGAGCUUAUUUUCAGCAAUAAUCCAAAAUCAACCAAAAAAAAAAUCUCAUUGGAUUUUGUCAAGGGAACAAGGGCGAUGUUAACUUCAAGGCUGCCCUACAAAUAAACAUCAUUCCUGCAGCACAGAAAAUACUUUGUCUGGGAUAAAAACAUCUGUUGUGUGGUCUUUAUCAAAGGGCUGGGCACAAAAUCAAAUAUCAUGGUAGUCCUGAACAAAUACCUCUAUCGAUAUUUUGACUAUUGUAGGGUUGACUAUUGGUGCUUUAACAAAGAUAUUACACAAUGAGAUCUUUGAUAAAUAGUAGUAAGUAUGUGGAUAUAGUGACUAAGUGGGUAAAGGCAAAUAAAAGAACAAUCUGGUAAGGCCAUGAAAUCACAUUACGUUACUGAAAUGCAGCUUUUAAAAUCAGGAGAAUACAGCACUUGCAAUAUCCAAAAUCUAAGACGAUAUCUAGUCUCACAUCAUGGUAACUAUAAUAUAUCAAUCAAAUGCUCAGCCUUGCUUUGUCACCAUCAGUGCCUGUUGUCAGUAUCAACACAUCAAGUGUCACCAUAUCAGUGCCACAUUUGGGGUAAUCUUGAUAUCUGUCCCACUACAGUAAUAUAUUCAUAAACUUUAGCCUUACAAUGACAAACUGGGAGAAAACUGCGUGAGGUUUAGCUGUGUUUAACAUGGGUUUGAGCAUUAAUGGUGUGCCUUGUUUGACUUAACUUAUCUGUGGCUGUGUCCUCGUGCCUCCUCUCUGGGUCUGAAUACAGUGCCAAACUUGUAAAUUAUAUUUACUUGGUGCAAUAUACUUUAUCUAUUUAGCCUGAGUGUGUUCAUUUGACACUUUGCAAUCUUUAAACUGUGAGGUUUUGCAUUUUUAAAAUGACAUUUAGUCCCCUGACUUAACUAUGGGAUAUUAAAAUGCGCCUUAAACCUUUGUCAGGUUUACACAGUGCUCCACACUCAAUCUUAACAUUGUUUGAUAGGUAUUUAAGUCCACCAUGAGCAGGUGGUGAAGUUACACGGCUUGUCCAAAGCACUUUUUAAAAUCUAAGUAUUUUAAUUAUUUAAUAAAACUGGAAAAGUUAUUCUGUUGUCUAUUUAAAAAAAAAAAAUUAAGUCAAUUUAUAUAAACGUUUUUAUUCAUCUUCAUAUUUGACAACAAACUUUGUAGCAUGAAAGUGUCUCUAAAAUAUUCUGACAGUUUGGGACCUGUGAUUUUUCUCAUCUUCAUUGUCUUAUACUUGUGGAUUGAGGUUAUACACAAACACAAUGUGCUGGGAUAAUUGACGCUUAUCAUACUGUGUACAUUUGCUCAUUUAUGGUGUUGAAAGAAAAAAUGCAUCUGGAUGGAGACUCGCCUGCACAUGCACAUCUUUUUUCCUCCUCGACUGCCUGGCAGACUUUUUACACAUAAAUCAUUGGCGGAAAAUGAUUUUUAAGCUUCAGUUAUAAUAAAGCAUUUGUUCAAGC